GGACCAUAUACCGAUGGUCCCUCACCAGCAUGGCCGUCCAGAGAGAGACCGCCAGCUGGACAUGACUGAAGAUGAACGAGAAGCUGCUGGGUCAGACGGUGGAGAACAGGGUCUGGAUAGUGAAGGAGAGGAUUUCCCAGACCUUCCAUAUGAUGGACAACUGGAUCAAGAGCAUGAAGACCAGAUCUUUAGCCCCAUUAACUCAAUCGGUAAUCUUUCUGUGGGCAAUUCUGCAGAAUUCUUUUUGGAGCAGAACAAGGUGGUUCAGACAACUCAGGAGAAUAUUCUUUUAGAAGUGCAAAGCACCAGGAACUGGGAUCAUUUUGAUGACCCUCUUGAAAAUCUGCCUGUUAUUGGCUUUCCAGUUAACAAAAUGACAACUUCCACACCGAGGGUCACAUUAAAUCAGGCUCUCUUUAGCCAUUUGUCCAUGGAAGAUCUAACCAAUGGGCCUGAUAUAGAUGCAGAGACGAUUCCUGAUACGUCCUUCACAGAGAGCUUAGAGGAAGUAAAAGGUAAUAACAGCCAGAUUGGUGGAGAAGGGAGUUUUGAACUGUGGCCUGAGCAUGGGACACCAAGAAAAGGGUCUUUGAUACCUCUAGCAGAUGAACUCAAGAAUGAAAAAUAUGCACUGCGACAACAAAUACAUCUUUCGUUACCAAAUCCAAACAUUAUUGUUACUAAGGUUUUUCCCAACAAGGCUGUACCCAAGAAUGUAAAUCAAAUGAUGAAUUCUGAUUCUCAGGAGCAGAUACAAAAGACCACCAAUGCACACCAUUCCUCUUCAGGCAAGCCUGUUGUAACAGCCAACAACCUCAGGUAUGGCAGGGGCCAGUUAAACCACCCAAUUCCUGAUGUUUCCAAAGUGGAACCAAGAAUCCGCUUCCCCAAAGAGAACAGCUACAAGCCUCCUAAGGGCCGGGGCUCUCCCCAAAAGAGCAUUGCAGGCAGCAUGUCCCCUCUAAUAUUUAAGUCUCCUGCUGAAAUUGUGAAAGAGGUCCUCUUAAGCAACUCAGAUGACCCAUCCAUGCCUAAUUUCACAACAGCCAAUGCCAAAGUGCCAGAGGAAUUUAAAAGUCCUAAACAGGCCACCAUGUUGGUCAGCCAGCUGCAGGAAGACUACAAUCGACUACUAACCAAGUAUGCAGAGGCCGAGAAUACAAUUGAUCGUCUGCGUCUAGAAGCAAAGGUGAACCUUUAUGCUGACCCACCAAAACCAAGCCAUAGCAUCCAGACUGGGGUUGUUCAUCAAGGGUCAAAGUUUGUUACUCUGACCAUUCCUAAAGUGCAAAAAGCUGAAAUGGGCCACUCUCCAGAACCAUUACUUGAGCCGUUUCUAAACUCUGAGCGCCAUCCUGCUGAAUCACCCAGUACUGUACAAAACCCAGAGAAGGGAAGGGGAGAACGUUUGGCACAGGCCCUAGCCACUUCUGUCAAAGAAUUCCAAUAUCAGGUGGACCAAUUUGAGUCCUCAAUUCAGUCAGGUCGGAUGAGCCCUCAUGAGCAGUUGCAGAGAUUCUGUAAACUGCGGCAAAAGCAGGAAGCUCUGGAGAGAGGGUACCUUAAAUCUAGAGAGGAGCAUCAGCAUUUACAACAACAAGGCACAAAACUAGGGGUUUUUGACCCAAAUAGGGAUAUAGAAGGAGAGAUCUUCCGACUGGGAAUGCGCCUGGAGGAUCUAAAGGACCAGAUUGACCAAGCAAUGCAAAGUCAACCAUCCCCUGUUCCUCCCCCAGUUCCCCCUCUCAGCAUGGCACUGUCAUCUCUCACUGACCCCAUGACACAGCCUCCUACACCUUCUGCUCAAAUCCCAGUUCCUGCUGCACACACACCUCAUCCUCAGAACUCCUGGCCAGCACUGGAGCGGACAGCUGGCUCCAGCAAGGCAGAUGUGAGUUCAAUCAGUGGAGACAGCGAGCCAGAAGAAUCAACACCUCAUCCUGAAGUCCUUCCCAUACCUAUAAGGCAAAAGCAUCAAAAAGUAGAAGGGCAAUACAGCACAUUGCUUGAACACUAUGAUAGGUUUCGGGAGCUGCCUGAAAUGAUUUUACCAAAGUCAGAGCAGGAUGAUCCCUCUGAAUUAACUCCCAGAACAAAUGAGCACCAAAAGUCACCUUCUGUAGAUGAAAGCACACCAGCAAUCCGUCCAGAACCAGUAGAAAUGAAAACAGACCCACUGGCUUUUACUCCUGACAGAUUAAGAGAUUGGCCAAAACUAGUGGAUGCCACAACAUCUCCAUGGAACCAGUCAGUUAGUUCUCAUAGCAGAGAACCUGAGAGAGUUAGAGCUUCAAAACCUGAACUGGGUGUUUCUAGUCAUUCUAGUAAUGCAAGAAAAGACAAGAAUAAACACUCAGAUUUGCAACCACAAAAUGCUACUACUCAUAUGAAGACUGUAUCUCCACAGGAGCGCAUUUUAUCACCAGAGACAGAUAGUGGCUUCAUAGGAUCGGAGUGCAGUCGCUUCACUCCCGCAGUUCACAGCCCUGAGCAUCUGAAGUCAAGACUUGUGCCUUCACGCUUCACCAGGCAGGUUGUCUCCUCUAAUUCCUCUCUUCGACAAUCUUCCCCUGAGACACCAGAAAGAAAAUAUAGUCAGAGUAUAUUGCCCCCAAAAGUAACUCCUGUCGCUCGUAAGCAAAGAAAUAACAUGGACCUCUCUGAAGCACGUUAUCCAGAGCCCUGGGUUGAAAAUAGGGCCAGCGAGCUUGGGCACGACUCCUCUGUCUCUCCAAGUGAAUCAGAGAAUGAUAGGCGGGGAGCAGUCCAUACUAGCAUGUGGCCUAGGAGUAAAUGGCAAACUAAAAAGUUUCCCACAUCUGUCUCCCCACGCACUUCUCCCCAGCGCAUGAAAGCGCAAAAAGUCUCAGAGGGGACUGAACUGGGCCCAGUCCACCAAGAGGCAAUCCAGGCUUUGCAGGAUGAGGUGUCUCGGAUCAAAGAAAAGCUAGAAGAAAGUCUACGUUGGCCCAGACCAAAUUCUGGCAGAGCAACCUUACCUACUAGCAGGCAAGCUGAAUGUGAGUUUGGGCGCAGACAAAGGUCAUCAAUUUUAAGUGAAUCUCCAGAACAAUUUCAAGAUGUGCUAGCACAUGCAAAGAAACCAGAUGAUCAGUGGCAACCUAGCAGCCUUCGUGCAAGGCAUGAACUUGAAAUCAGCAGUGAUUCAGAUCAUUCUCCGCCUGCACCCAGAAUGCAGUCUCCAAGACCGACUCCGGCAGAAACUUUCAUACAGCCCUUAGGGUCUCAGAGGCUGGGCACUGUGACGUUCAAAGGACCCUACACAGGAAAAGAGUAUUCUGUGCUUGUGCCAGGGCUUUCAACUAGCAGAGGCAAUCAACACUCUACAGCCUGUCGAAACUGUAGCCCUGUGGAAACCCGCAGACGCAGCAGUGCUGGUGUGAGAUCUCUAACCGAUGAAGCCUUUGCUAGCACCACUCAGCCAUGUCCUCAGUGUCGCAGGGAAAGGCAGCAAAGUUUUCAUGGAAGUACACCUGCUGACCGGACUAACUCUGCAAGUGCCCCAGCAGACCGGAUUCCUGGCUCUCCUUUAUCUAAUUCUACUACGAGUGAGACACGUCCCAUGUUCAUUGCUGGAUCUCCUUUUCCCUUCGUCAGCUAUGUGCCUUAUUCACCCACUAUUCUAUAUUGCCUUCCUACUUCCUCAGAGGCUGCUGUUUCCUCUCCAGAGUCUCGCCUAUAUCUCCCAACCAGCUACAGUCUGAUGCAGAUAAAUCCUAAACUGGAUGUCGGGUUUCAGCAGCCACGGAGGCACAGAUCAUUCAGCCUGGAUGCUACAGGAGUUGAUACUCUUAACCUCUCCCUUGGUCAUGCCAUUGAAGCAGCAUGUCGGUUGAAGCUGACUAGCAGUCGUAUGGCACGCUCACUUACAGCGGAUUUAGACCACUGUCGGGGACUUCGUAAAUCCUUGCUGUAUUAAUAUUCUCUCAAGAUGAUAAUUAGUGUUUUUUUAAUUAGUCACAUUUCAAAAAGGGAAUUCAAUUGUGUAAUUUAUAAUCUACAUUUCUAUUUUGUCAAAAAAUGAAAAAUUGAGGCAGUCAGUGAUGCUGAUAUUGGAGGUACAUUUAAACAUACUGUAAAUAUUUUUGAGGAAAAGUAAUUGUUUUUUUGUGCUCCAGUGCUUAAGAAAAGGCUGUUUAUGUAUGUUUUAUUCAAUUCACUACUUGGACAGUAGAUGUCCCAAAUGUUCUGUUUACCCGUUAACCACUAGAAUACAUCAUAAAUUAGACCAGACGGUUAUGUAUACAUAAAAGCCAUUGGGAUUUCACAGCAGUGCGUCUUUGGCUUCUAGAAAAUGCUAACAAUAGAAAAUCAGCCCACAUAGUAGAUCUCUUGAUGUCAGUCUUAUCCUGUUUGUAUUGUACAGUGUACUUUCUGAUGUAAAUGAUUCUUUGAAAAAAAAUGAACAUUACGGCCUUGCUGUGCUCUCUGGCCUAACCCUAUAUUUAGCACACACAUGGCACUUUGAAGAAAGGAAGCUUUGAGACUUGAACAAGGCACAGUAAAAUAAAGAUAUACACUCAGGAUCUCACAAUAGCCAGAGACAAGCCUAUGUCUUGUAAUUGUUUUUUCUACCUGAUUUGUACAUCUGUCACUUAAAAGAUGUACUUGCUUCUUAAACUGUAACCUUCUGCAUUAUUUUAUUUUUUAGUUUGUGCCACUUAUGUUUACUAGAAAAUUAUUUACUUUAGCUCCGAAAAGCACAACUUGUCUAUUAGACAAACAGACUUCUUCUGGUAUCCCUGCUUUAAGUACUAAAAGAGCUCCUUGAUCAGAUGUUGGUAAACCAGUUCCUAGAGAGCCACAGUAACUACCAAGUUUUAAGUGUGUGGCUUGUGUUGUGCUGCUUUCCUAAUCGCACUUGUUAUACUGACAUGAUUCUACACUCUUAUUCCAAAUUUAAAAGUUCAUGUCAUAUUCUAUGCUUUUUCAGAAAUUAAGCAAGCAUUGAUUCUCUUUGUGAUAUGUACAUCAGCAAAAUGCAGUAUGUCUACCUGACCUACACAUUAGUUUGUUUGUAUACUAUGGGAAGUUAUUAAAGCAGCUAAUUUAUCAUCAUCAAAACAAAUGCCUCAUGGCAGAACCAAAUUUUCUGCUUAGUAGAGAAAAGUCAAAAUUCAUUUGCAUCUACAUUUAACAUGUUGUUGCACUA